AUGGGACUUCCAGCAUCAGCACGUAUCCCUAUUGCAUUUUCUGAAUGCAUUCCAGCUGAUACGAUCUUCGCUCAAAUGCUGGGUAACAAGCCCAGAGAUCGUUUUGUUGCACAUCCGCGGAUUCUUGAGGACCUGAAGUACGAGGCAAGACGUAGAGGAUUGUGGAAUCUUUUCUUACCAAGGAGUCACUAUGCAGAGGGCAGUGGCUAUAGCAAUCUUGAAUACGCCUUGAUGGCUGAGCAAUUGGGGAAAAGCCAAAUCGCAAGUGAGGCUAUGAACUGCUCAGCUCCCGAUUCGGGUAACGUGGAGGUCCUGGCCAAGUUUGGAAAUGCUCCACAGAAAAAGGAAUGGCUCGAGCCCCUCCUUGAGGGAAAGAUUCGUUCAGCCUUUCUGAUGACUGAGCCAGACAUUGCUUCCAGCGACGCCACCAACAUUCAAUUCGAAAUCAAACGCGAUGGAGAUUCGUACGUACUGAACGGAAGUAAAUGGUGGAGCAGUGGAACAGGCGAUCCUAGAUGUGAGCUGUACAUUGUGAUGGGCAAAACGGACCCCUCUAAUCCAAAUUCUCAUCGCCAACAGUCUGUCUUGUUGGUACCUGCUCGUUCUGCUGGUAUCACCGUACACCGCAUGCUGUCGGUCUUUGGAUACGAUGAUGCCCCUCAUGGUCACGGUCACAUCUCUUUUAAUAACGUUCGUAUUCCCGCAACUAAUCUCGUCUUGGGAGAAGGUCGGGGUUUCGAGAUCAUCCAAGGAAGACUGGGUCCUGGCAGAAUUCACCACACUAUGCGAUGCAUCGGAGCGGUAAGAGAUCGUCAGGCCUGCGUUAGUUCUAUGCAGGAGAGAUGCUAA